GUUGCUAUAAGUACACGAUGUGGAGUGACGCUACACUGUGUCUUCUGAGAAGGAUUGUAUACGGGGUUAUUGAUUGAGGAGAGACACGGGAAACUGACGGAACAACCUUAGAAGCGGGCAGACACACAGCUUCUGAGAUAUCUGUUUACCCCGGAACCUGUCUAUCGAGAACGAUACACAUCCCUGUCCGGCAGUACAUUGUACACGACAUUUCAGUCUGGACCACACGUCCGUAACUAUGAACUUUGCGUGACAGCUUAUGAUAGAAUGCUUCAGGCUUAGUAUACACGUGUACUGUGGCUAUGAACACCAGCGGAGGGCUAGAUUCAGAUUCAGAUGUGCUAGGACGAACACGUGUACAGGACUAGGGAAUCGUUGUGAAGAUGGGGAUCCCUAUAAACUAUACCCGGAUGUGAAAAGGUAUGGCGUCACUUGAUAAUGGAAGUGCCAUGGCGUCGUUUACCACGAUCCCGGAGUUUUACCAGGACAAGUGUGUCUUCAUCACGGGGGCCACAGGUUUUAUGGGCAAAGCCCUACUGGAAAAACUGCUGAGGUCAUGUCCGGACAUCCGGCGGGUCUACAUCCUCAUCAGACCCAAAAAGGGCAAGGAAGUCAGCCAGAGACUCGAAGAGCUACUCAACUCUGAAAUAUUCCAAAAGUUAAACAAGGAAAACAACGACUUCCGGUCUAAGAUAGUCCUGAUAACUGGAGACAUCGUCCACGACAACCUGGGAAUGAGCGAACAAGAUGAACAGACGCUGAUUGACGAGGUUUCUGUCGUCUUUCAUUCAGCAGCCACUGUUCGAUUCGACGAGGAGUUAAAAUUGUCCGUAGAAAUGAACGUAUUAGGAGUGUACAGGGUUAUACAACUUUUGAAGAAAAUGAAACACCUUGAGGCCUUUCUGCACGUGUCCACGGCAUAUGCAAACUGUCACAAGCGCACUGUGGAGGAGCACAUUUAUGACCCGCCCAUACACCCACACAAACUACUAGACGCUGUAGGGUGGAUGGAGAGUGACGUAUUACAAAUCCUGACCCCUAAGAUGAUCGGUGACCGGCCCAACACAUACACUUACACCAAGUCUAUAGCAGAAUACUUAGUCAAAGAGGAGUGCGCCAACAUCCCCACCGCCAUCUUCCGUCCGUCUAUCGUCUGUGCCACAUGGAGUGACCCCAUAGAGGGCUGGAUUGAUAACUACAACGGCCCCACUGGUAUCAUGGCAUCCCUAGGAACAGGUGUAUUACGGGUGAUGCGCGGGGACCGCCAUGCCAUAUCUGAUAUUAUUCCUGUUGACAUGGCUUGUAGUAUGAUGAUAGCAACCGCUUGGUAUACCGGUACACACAGAUCUAAAGAAAUGAAGGUGUUCAACUGUACAACGGGAUCCAUCAACAGUUUGACCUGGGGAGACAUGGAGGACUACACCAGACAAUAUUCCAUGAAGAACCCCUUUAAUACGGUAACCCGGGUACCAAGCCUGAUGUUCACCAAGUGUGUAUUUUGGCACGACAUCAACGUAUUGUUUAAUCAGGUGCUACCUUCCUACCUCCUGGAUAUGUAUAUGUGGAGUACCGGCAAAAAACCCAUUUUCCGGAAACUAGAGGACCGUCUUAGGAAAGCCACGGCAAUUCUGGAUUACUUCACAAAUAAGGACUGGGAAUUCAAGUCCGAUAACCUAGAUAUGUUACUGGCCGUUAUGUCUCCGGGCGACCGAAAGACUUUCAAUUUUGAUCCCCGGAGUAUAUCGUGGCCUAGAUAUAUAGAAGCUUACUGUCUCGGUAUCAAGUGUUACGUAAUGAAAGAGGAGCUGGCAGAACUACCCAAGGCUCGAACAACGCUCAAACGGCUACAGCGGCUGAGUUUUGCCACUAAUACGCUGGUCAUCAUAAUUGUGUGGAGGAUUCUGAUUAACCGAGUCAGCAUAGCGCGAUCAAUGUGGAACUUUCUCCUACACUGGGUCGUAAAAUUCUUUAACUGUCUGCCAAAGAUUGCCAAGAUUACAUAAACAUGCAAGAGUACAUUGAAGUCAAUUGUGAAUGAAAGAGUAUCUAUUACCGAGUAUAUCCGUGACUAUAUGUGUACAAUACAACUCAAAUACAAAUGUGUUGGAAGCGAAGGUGAGAAAGAAAUAAUUGCUGGACAUAAUGUGAUAUCCGAUCAAGCUUAACGCAACCAGUGCUGGUAGUCUUGAAUGUUUCAAGACUCACCUACAUGAGACAAACCAAACAACUAUCCAGGGUGUUUUAACUACACUGUGUGUAUAUAGAAUGUAUAGCACAAUACACUCUUUUAAAUAACUUACAUGCGCAUCCAAAAGUGACAGAAUAAUCAGUUUAUUGAUGGUGGCCGCGUAAUGGUAGAAAUAGAAGUGGCAGAACGCUUAGCUGGAAUGCAGCUUAUAUAAGCUAACAAUGGUUUAUAAACACAUCUAUGCAUACUUACGGGUAUAGCAAGUGAAUGGGGUGAUAUUUUCUGUACGAAUGUGUAUGUGAAUUCUCGUGCAUGUGCGUACGUGUGUAUGUGAAUUCUCGUGCAUGUGUGUACGUGUGUGACUUCACCUGUAUAUGGCUUCACGUGUAUAUGUGCGAAUAUGUGACUCACCUGACAGGAGAAACGAGUGCGAGUAAUGUAUUUAUAUUGGGAGUGACGUGUGCAUGCAGAUACAUAUGUUGUAUGAAAGUUUCGGAAGCGUGGACUGACACAUUGGCUAGAGGUGAUGUCGAUAGUUCAGUUAGUAUUGUAUAUAGUAUUGGUGAGACGGAAUGAAACCCAUAUCGGAUUCCAAGUGAAAUAUUGCGAUGGAAUUCCAUGAUGAUAUAUCUUCGAUUUACUCACAAAUAUUUAUUACCCUUUUUAAACAUUUUUAUGAUAUCUCUCCAUUUUAAUAACUAUGGUGCAGGUCGCGUGUGUCUUUGCCAUUAGCAUGCAUACAACACUUAGACGGAUAUAGUAUACCAGACAGAUCGAGAUUCUGGUACUUUUCAGUGACUGAUAGCAUCCUUAAUUCUCAGCGUAAAAAUUGUUUAUGAAAUGAUAGCAAAACUUAGAAUUAAGAUAUUGAUUUCUUGCAGCAAAUGAGUAGCAUGUUGUGGCUUGCACCAACCCAUGUUAGACAUUGGGCGGGAAUGAUUCGCUACACCAUGCUAUUCCGAAUCGCACUAAACAUGGCGGACAGUAUGACUCUAUUCCUACCUGCAGAUACCAUUCGCUUUGAUGAGGCCAUGUUUUCUAUCAUUAAUUUGUCUCUUUAAAUUUACUUAACCUGGUGAACGCAGGUGAUUGUCUCGUGUACACAUAUUGCAUACCGGUGUUUCUUACAACUUUAAAACACCCGUACGCAUGUUGCUCAAAUUAUACGAGACAAUCGUCUCUGCUGAUGAAGGUGCGUUUAUUAUACUGCUGUAUCAAGUCUGAUGAAUUCAAUAGUAUGACCUUGAUGUGAUAUUCAACUAACCAAAUCUCCCUAAAAUGUAUCCAAGACACAAAGACACGAAGAUAAAAGUAGUUCAACGUAAUUAUUGGUUCCAACAUUCUCAUUGAAACCAUGCAAAUGUAAAAAUCACAUUUGUGACCAACUUGCUAUGCCCUCUAACCAGUCGUCGGUCAUGUUUAAUGGCAUCUACACCGGCUGUUCUACCUCGGAAGAAGGUGAGGAAGGUGAAGAAGGCGUGCACCCAGUGUGGUUACACCAUGUUACUUGAUUGCGUUUGGUUUACACCAACGCACACUUGUGUACACGGUGUAGCGAAUCAAACACGCCCAACAGUGUACCGCUUGGAGUCAUACACUCUCCACACUUCUCGGUGCCGUUCUCUAGUGUGGAAAGUCAACUCCACCAAUACUCUUCACCAUGGAGAAUGUCCAACCACUCUCCACUGGCUAUACACGUUUGCGAACGCGGAGUGAGCGUGGAGAGGUAGGCGAGCGAAAUAUAAUUUCACCUGGAGUUACUUCACCGACACGUUCCUCUUACUCUACGAUGGACCAUGACUCCACGUUACACGCUUGUAUGGCGUGGAGGAAACGUGGAUGCACAUGCUCACAUGAUAGGUGAUAUCAGAAGUAUCAUGUGCGUAAAAUUGCAUGAGACAAGAUGACAACACAAACAGCACGGCCGAAUCACCAAAUAGUGAGCUUAGAAUUGCACACAAUAAUUUAGUCGCGUGACUAUAAACUCUAGCAAUGUUAAUAGGGCAGAUGUUUUAUCACUUAAUUUUGUGUUAUCCGCUGCGCCAUCCGAACAUCUGAGUUGAUACCACAAAUCGACUACCUCUACGUCAUUACAAUUCAGCCAAUAAGGAUGUUAGGGAAUGCAUAUCACAUGAAAUUAAUAUAUUUCUCUUAUUUACAUAAAAAAUUAGCGGGCCGAAAUCAUUAAGAUUUAUAGAGGAUAUGUAAUGGAUUCCCUUAUGGCAGUAUGCAAAGAUGCACAUUUAAUUUUUACGAGUGCGGAGCACGUGUGUUGACAUAAAGACAUGUUAUUCGUUUGUUAAUUGUUUCACUUGAAGACAACUUAUUAUUGUCAACACAAUCACUAUAUCAGGCUAACGUACCUCGAGUUUCAGUAUAAACCAUGUGUUGGUUCUAGAAAAACGCUUUUUAAACUUCACAAUCGGUUUGUCUAUCAUCAUUACUGGUACUUUUAGGAAAAGAAAGACGUUUUGUUUUAUUGUCACCGUAUUUUUGAUUUAUAAGAAUAUGGUGGCUGUGAUUAGGCUUUUUAAAUCCACAGCUGGUUUAUGCAGUGAUCAUUAUAUCGUUUUAGGUUGUUUUAAAAUGUGUAACACCAUUUACAUUCAGUCUUAAUGCAAAAUAUUGCGAUUUUUCGCCGCGUCUCUCCCGUCGCCCGUAUGACUUACAACAAGGUAAUUAAGCGCCCUAUGGUAUUGCGGGUCUGUGAGUAUACAUAUUUUGGCAGUUACGAGGCUGAUUAACCUUUGACGUCUCGACUGUUUGAUAUAAACGAAUAUUGAUUUGAUCACGAA